GCCUCUUGGGAGCCAAAAAAAAGAAGGAGAGGCAAGCGGGAAAUAAUGAAAGGCGUCGUCUUUAAGCCGUUCAGAGAUGAGACCUCGGAAUAUAUAGUCGGCACCUAUCUACAUCCCAGGAUACUGGGGCGGUUUACCUUGCCCAAUAGAACACGGCCCUUGGACCGCUUUUUCCUUGCAGUUUCACGAGUACGGUGCCGACCACGACUCGGGAUGGUCAGCGCCGAGACAACUGCGUACGCCAAAAAAAGGCUUUCGGAGACUCUCCGCCCGUUGUUGCGAGUCGCGAGUCGCCCGCAAGCGUGGGUUCCGGUUCUGUGACAUGAGCAGAUUCCAGAAUGCCAAUCGAAGUUCGAACCCACGCACUAUCAAUCCAAGGUUCAGCCAGUUGCAGGCUUAUUAUACCGAGCUUGUGCAUGACAGGCUGAUGUUCAACGUGGAGAAAUCUUACCGCGGCCAGUUGAAACUCAUUCGAGCCACCCAGCAAUCACCUGUUGGUCGCCCAAUGCCAUGGACGACCCCAUGCACUCCAUUCAACUCGAGCAAUAUCAACGGCGAGGAUAGACACUUUAUUCAGAAAUGCUUUUGAGGUCGGGAUGGACAGACCUAUACGUCUCAGUCAGAUGACCAGUGGCUCCCUUGCCAACAGGAUUUGAUUUGGCAGGUGUUACCUUGAUAUUUGACAGAUUCGACUAAUACUUCUCAGCUGCUUGCGCCGGGGUCUCCAGGAAAGUGAGACCAGAGGAAGAGGAAGCGGAGAAGACGCAUGGAAGACGGUGGUGGCCAUUCAUUAUUCGCCCUUGUUUACCCCGGCCGGGCCGGCCCAGCAGUGCACACUGGGGAAUCAACGAAUUAACCGAGUGACACUUGCGGGGAAAUACCCUGAUGGGACUGGUCCGUCUCGGGAUUAACCGAGGCAGCAAAACGUCCCUCGGUUGGUGGAUUAAAUAUGGAGCCAGACUCGGAUUGAGUCGAACUGACUGGAAUGAGACCUCACAUGCUUCAAAGUCAUUGGCUGCAGAUGGCAAAGGAUCAGUCCAACUUUCAAAAGCAAGUUAGUUGGUGUCUUACCACUAUAUCAAGGCCAUUGGCCCCCGCAAGUGCACUCCGGGGAAUUAUGGGCCGAUAUGGGUGUCUGGGACCGGGCCAUCUCCCCCCGACUACUCCGGAAUGCCAGCUCAAUCGAGUGAAGCCUACUCCAGAUCUGCCGUGUCUUUGCCCGCAGCUUACCUCCUCAACCCGACAUCCCCGCCCUUUGGGGUCAUUUCUCCGGGCGCCACGGUCGCAGCGUCGCAUUCGUCUCGCCACCAGCCCAUCGCUUGCGAUCAAGCUUUCUUUUUUAGCCGUAGCUGCAUAAUCGACCGAGCUGCCCCCUAAUCUCAAUUAUCCUGUCGCAAGCGUGUUUCCUGCCGGUUAUAAAGAUCUGAACCCCACCCCCCAGUCGUGCCUGCCUCUCUUUCACUCACCUGUUUCUUCUCAGAAAUCGGCAGCCAACAUGACUAGCGACAACACGGAGAAGCAGACCUCGGCGUCCGAGGUCGAGGCCGCCAAGGGCGAACCCAUCUACGAUGCCGGUGAAAAGGUCGACUACGACCGAGCGGGCGCCAUUGAGGCCGAGAGGGUCGAACAUUCCAUGACCGUGCUCGAGGCUGUCAAGGCCUAUCCCGCUGCCAGUUGGUGGGCUUUUGUCAUGUCGUGCACCAUUAUCAUGGAGUCAUACUGUGUUUUCUUGAUGGGACAGUUCAUAGCAACAGAAAGAUUCGCCAAGGAUUUUGGCGUCAAGAGCCACACAGGCGAUUAUAUUAUCGAAGCUUCAUGGCAGUCGGCAUUCCAGUGCAGCGGGCCACUCGGUGCCUUUAUUGGUGUCUUUGUCGCAGGUCCCAUCACCAGCUGGAUUGGAUAUCGAUGGGCAACCAUUGGCGGUCUCAUGGCAUUGAACGCCUUCAUCUUCAUCUUCUAUUUCGGCAACAGCCAGGGCAUGUUUUUCGCCUCGCAGAUCCUCGAGGGAAUCCCGUGGGGCAUUUUCAUCGCCAAUGCCCCCGCCUACUGUGCCGAGAUUGUGCCCAUGAGAUUGAGAGCUCCAGCGACGCAGAUGCUGCAAAUGUUCUGGGCGAUCGGGUCCAUCAUUGUCGGUGGUAUUACUUACCACUAUCAAUCCAAGGAUCACCCCGACGCGUACAGGAUGCCCAUUGCCCUCCAGUGGAUGUUCCCUACUCCUCUCGCGAUCCUAAUCUUCAUUGCGCCCGAAUCGCCCUGGUGGCUCGUACGAAAGGGCCGUCUGGCUGAGGCCGAGAAGGCUGUCCAGCGCCUUGGCCGCGCGAGUGCAACUGAUAACCCCGCCGACGCAGUCGCAAUGAUGCGUCGCACGAUUGAGCUCGAGGCGACGGAGAAGAAGCCCAAUCUCAUUGAACUGUGGAAAGGUACCGACCGCUACCGCACCUUGAUUGUGUGCGGUGUGUACGCAUCUCAGAACCUGACGGGCAAUCUGAUUGCCAACCAGGCGGUUUACUUCUUCAAACAGGCCGGGAUGGCACCCGAUACCGCAUUCGCACUCGGUCUCAUCACCUCUGCGCUCCAGGCCGUCUUCGUCAUGCUCUCUUGGAUCCUCACCACAUACGUUGGCCGACGCACCAUCUACGUCUACGGCCAACUCAUCAACUGCGGCUUCCUGAUUGUCCUCGGUAUCGCGGCUUCCGUCGGCAGUAGCAAGGCAGCCAGCAACGCCCAAGCCUCCCUCGGCCUGAUCGUCUCCGUCCUCUUCUGCCUGGGACCCGCCCCCGCCUCGUGGGUCAUCAUCGGCGAGACAUCCUCCGUCCGUCUCAGACCGUUGACAACCGGUAUCGGACGCGGCGCCUACUACAUAGUCAACAUCCCCUGCAUCUUCCUGUCGAGCUACAUGCUCAACACGGACAAGUGGGACCUGGGCGGCAAGAGCGGCUACGUCUGGGCUGGCACCGCGUUUAUCUGCACGGCCAUGUCUUGGCUCUGGAUCCCUGAGAUGAAGGACCGGUCCUUCCGUGAGAUUGACAUUCUCUUCAAGCGUAAGGUCCCCGCUCGCAAGUGGAAGGAGACGGUCGUCGAUAUCCGCGAUGAUGAGUAGAUGGAAAUUGAGACUGCUGUUCGGAGAAGCCUUAGUGGUGGUGAAGAAUGUGUUAGAUAUAUGAAUGGUGAAGUGGUUGGUUGAUUGUUAUAGAGAGUAGCUACUGGGACUUCUCUUCGUCUCGCAGGAGCCCCAGAUUAUUGGCAAUCGUAUUCUCCAAGGCCUUGGUUCUGUGUCUCAAUGAUAUUAUCCGAUGGUAGUCAGUCUCAGCGUCGACAACACGUGCAGUAUAGAG